AUGGAUAAAAAUAAACAACAAAACAAUGAUGAAAAUAUUAAAAAAUUAACAAAAAAUAAAUAUGACUCAAAAAAAGAAAAAACAGAUAAUUCAAAAAUUUUCCACAAUAGAAGUAGUAAAAAGAGAAUCGAGAAAUUAAAAAAGAUUGAACAUAGUAAGAAACCAUUAACAAUUAAAUUAAAUGAGAUUGAAAUCAUCGAAAAUAGAUUAAAGGAAGAAGCACCAGCAAGAGGUACCAACCCAUUAGCAAACUCACCAUCAACAAAUGCAACAAAUGCAACAUCCUCAUCAUCACAAGAAUAUAAAGUCGAUUAUCCAUCAGCUACAAUAUUUAAAGAUUUACCACUCUCUCAAUUAACUCAAAAAGGUUUAACUGAAUCAAAAUUCUACAAAUUAACUGAUAUUCAAAGAGCUUCACUUCCACACACUUUAUGCGGUAGAGAUAUUUUAGGUGCUGCCAGAACUGGUUCAGGUAAAACUUUAGCAUUUAUUAUUCCAGUUUUAGAAACUUUAUGGAGAAAUAGAUGGAGUAGAAAUGAUGGUAUUGGUGCAAUUGUUUUAUCACCAACUAGAGAAUUAGCAAUUCAAAUUUUUGAUGUUUUAAAAUCAGUUGGUAAACAUCAUACAUUUUCAGCAGGUUUACUUAUUGGUGGUAGAAAUGUUACACAAGAAAAAGAAAAAGUAAAUGCUAUGAACAUUUUAAUUGCAACACCAGGUAGAUUAUUACAACAUAUGGACGAAACUUAUGGUUUUGAUUGUAGUAAUUUAAAGAUGUUAGUAUUGGAUGAAGCAGAUCGUAUUUUAGAUUUAGGUUUUUCAAAAUCACUCAAUUCAAUCCUCGAAAAUCUUCCAAAACAAAGACAAACACUUUUAUUCUCAGCAACCCAAACCAAAUCAGUUCGUGAUUUAGUUAGACUUUCACUUAACGAGCCAGAAUACAUUUCAGUUUAUGAAAAGGAUAUUAUUACAGCACCACAAAAUCUUACUCAAACUAUCUGUAUUAUCCCAUUAGAAAUGAAAUUAAAUAUGUUGUAUUCAUUCGUCAAGACCCAUUUAACAUCAAAAGUUAUUGUAUUCUUUGCAUCAUGUAAACAAAUCAGAUUUGUAUAUGAAACCUUUAGACUUUUAAAUCCAGGUACAUCUUUAUUCCAAUUACACGGUAAAAUGAAACAAUGGACACGUUUAGAGGUAUUUGAAGAUUUUUGUAAAAAGAAAGCAGGUGUUUUGUUUGCCACCGAUAUUGCUGCAAGAGGUUUAGAUUUCCCAGAGGUUGAAUGGGUUAUUCAAGUUGAUUGCCCAGAUGAUAUCGAGACAUAUAUUCAUAGAAUCGGUAGAACUGCAAGAAAUAAUGCUACAGGUCAAGCUAUUACAAUCCUUUUACCAAGCGAAAAAGAAGCUAUGACUGCUUUAUUAGAAAAACAAAAAAUGAAAUAUGAAGUUUUAGAACCAAAUCCAGAAAAAUUAGUUUCAAUCGAUUCACAGUUAAGUGGUUUCUUAUCUGAAAAAACCGAAUUAAAAUAUUUAGCUCAAAAAUCAUUUGUUUCAUAUUUAAGAUCAGUUUAUAGACAAUCAAAUAAAGAAAUAUUUAAUAUCGAAAAAUUAAAUAUUGAAGAUUUUUCUAAAUCAUUAGGUUUAUUAGGUAAACCACAGAUUUCAUUUGGUAAAUCAAGUGCAGAUAAAAAUAAAUCAUUUAUUGUCGCAGAUAUUCAAAAGAAAUUACAAGACCAAAAAUCUAAAGGUGAAAAAGAUAAAGAUUCAGAUAUCGAUAGUGAUGCAGAGUUACCAGAAGAAGGUUCAGAUGGUGAAAUUGUUAUUACAAAUAAUAAGAGACCACUUUCAAAUAUUGAAAAAACAUUUUUACGUAAAAAUGCUAAUGUUUUCUCUGAAAACUAUCAAAAACUUAGACAUAAAGAAGAUAACGAGGAGGAUGAUGAAGACUUUAUGACAAUUAAAAGAAAGGAUCAUAAUGUUGAUACAUCAGAUGUUCCAGAAAAACUUUCAAGAAAGGAUCAAAAAGAAAAGAAAUACUUGAACGAUCCAAACAAAUUAAAAUUCCAAGAGUCUACUGCACUUCCAACCAAUGGUGUUUUACCAACCUCAUAUUUAGAAAAAAUUAGAUCAGAAGUUAAACAAGGUGAUGCUGAAGAUAAAAUUUUACAAAAAGAAAGAUUAAAGAGAAGAAAAUUAAAACUUCAAAGUAAAGAAUUAUCUCAAUAUAAAGAUGGUGAUGAAGAAGAAUCAGUUGCUUAUUUCGUACCACCUGGUGAAGAUGAUCCAUAUGAAAAUAGUGAUGAUGAAGAAGAAAAUAGCGAUAAUUCAGAAGACGAAUCAGAAGAGGAAGAAGAAGAAGAAGAAAAAGUUAAACCACAAAUCUCAAAUAAAAAGAGAACCAUUGAAGAUCAAGAAGAAUUAGCCCUUUCAAUCUUGAAAAAGAAUCGUUUAAAUUAA